UGGCUGACACGUCACCAUCUGUCUGUCAUAACUACUCAUAACCCAAGGUUUUAUCGCCAGUACGUAGUGACAGCCGUAAAUUCUGCCGUGUUGCGUAGGCCUAGGCGUUGUAACAACCGCACGGGCGCGGGAUGAACGUAGCAAAGUGAACUCGGAGAAGCUCGCACCUUCUCGGCCAAACAUCUUGACAGGCCAAAUUAUAUGCUCUGGUUGAAGGAGAAGAAUGUAAUCUCUGCUUUGACUAGAGACAUACACGAGGUACAUCUCGCUUCUCUUUUCUCCUCUCUGGGCCUCCAGAAUGACUGGGCCGACCUUUGAAGGAUGCAGUAGAAUGAACUCAGCACCCUCGGCCAGGAUGUUCAUGUAUAGGGCCUUAGAGAAGAUACAUGCAGAGAAGGAGAUCAAGAGGUCUCACCACUCACAACUCAAAAGAGCAGUUGAACAGGCUUUAGAGGAUCUACGGAGUGAAUUGGGCGGUUCAGACAAUGGAUCAGGCAAAAGCUCUUCGGCUGCCUUGCCCGUGCCAAAGGGCGCAGCUCCACAGCUGGAUGCAGAGAAGCACUUCCUACCGUUUGAGCUUGCUUGCCAGUCUAAAUCAGCGAGAAUUGUUGUGACAGCACUUGACUGUAUUCAAAAACUUAUCGCAUAUGGACAUCUCACAGGCAAUUGUCCAGACCCAAACAACCCCAAUAAGAGACUCAUAGACUAUAUUGUUGAGACUAUAUGCAAUUGUUUCAAUGGGCAGUCAACAGACAAGGAUGUAGAAAUUCAAAUAAUCAAGGCUUUGUUAACAGUCAUAACAUCACAGUAUGUAAGUGUUCAUGAGGGGACAGUCCUAGUAGCUGUCCGAACAUGCUACAACAUCUUCCUUGCAUCCCGUGACAUGAACAAUCAGGUGACGGCAAAGGCUGCCCUCACGCAGAUGAUCAACAUCAUCUUCACAAGAAUGGAGAAUCAAGCAAUUGAGGAAGCGGCAGAGGAAAGUAGUCGUGACCAUAGUUCCAGCAACGCAUCCUCUAACAGUGCCGGGAGUCAGCCACAGCCGCAGGAGAAUGGACAGCAUGAUCCUGAACCUCGAGUUACCAAUGGGGCACCGGAAAUACCAGCACAGACUCCUUACAAUGGAACAGAGGAAGGAAGAGGAGGAGGAGGAGGAGGAGGAGGAGCUGGCAAUGAAGACCAACCAAAACAAGACAGCACUAAAGCCAAGGAAAGUGUGGCAAUCCCUAAUGGCAGCGUGCUGACUCUUGAUCCCCCACCACAGCGUCAUCUAACAUCACAGCAGAUCGCAACGGAGCUGGUCCAUGAUAUUGUGAACCAGGCUGUUACAGUGGUGACCACAGAGGCUGUCAUUGAGAAUGGGUGCUCAAGCAGUGCAGAAAUGAAUGGCAGUGACACUCAGAACUCUGUGGCUUCCGACACUGCUCUCCCAGAUCCAGCAGUAAUACCUCCACAAGUGCCAGAAACAUCAGUAUCUGAGAGCAGCCCGGCUUCUGUGCCAGUUCUGCAGGAAGACACUGGACAAGACGAUUCCUCUGCCUUGCCAGCAGACCGUAGCAGUGACUCAGUGGCUUCAAAUCCUCCACUCACUCCAACUUCCAUCACAAGAGUGCCCUCUCAGGAGAGUAUAAACACAAUGACUGAGGGAGAUACAGCCAUGACAGCAAAGCUGUUUCAUACCCUUCAGAAAGAUGCAUUUCUCGUGUUUAGGUCACUCUGUAAGCUCUCAAUGAAACCCCUCUCUGACUCUCCAGAUCCCAAGUCUCACGAACUUCGGUCCAAGAUCUUGUCCCUUGAGAUGCUCCUGUCUAUUGUGCAGAAUGCAGGGAGAGUCUUUCGUUCAAAUGACACAUUCAUUACUGCCAUCAAGCAGUACUUGUGUGUAGCCCUGAGCAAGAAUGGGGUAUCACCCAUUCCAGAAGUGUUUCAUCUCUCCCUUGCUAUCUUCGUUGCCCUGCUUUCCAACUUCAAAGCUCACCUAAAGAUGCAGAUUGAGGUGUUCUUCAAAGAAAUCUUCCUGAACAUUUUGGAGGCCGGGAGCUCCAGCUUCCAGCACAAAUGGAUGGUGAUACAAGCUCUCACCAGGAUCUGUGCGGAUGCUCAGUCUGUUGUAGAUAUUUAUGUGAAUUACGACUGUGACCUCAGUGCUGCUAAUGUUUUUGAAAGAUUAGUAAAUGACCUCAGCAAGAUUGCUCAAGGAGGCCAGCCAGGAGAAUUUGGUUCCACGCCUCUUCAGGAACGCAGCAUGAGGAUCAAGGGUCUCGAGUGCCUUGUGUCAACCCUCAAGUGUAUGGUUGAGUGGUCCAAAGACCUGUAUGUCAACCCUAACACUUUGUCAAACCUCAGCCAAGAAAAGAAGAAAGAGGAGGAGCUGGAAGUGAACCAUUCAGCUGAGGGUAAUCGAACACCACUAGCUCGCCAUGGCUCACACAACUCUAUUAAUUCCCUCCAGUCUUCUUCUACAAACACUACCACUUCCACUGUUGGAGUGGAUAAUCCAGAACAGUGCCAGUCCCUCAAACAUCAGAAGGAGAUCUGGGAACAAGGCAUUGAUAUGUUCAACAGAAAACCGCGUCGUGGCCUUGCCUUCCUGCAGGCCCAAGGGAUCUUAGGUCCAUCACCUGAAGACCUUGCCAAAUUCUUCCAUGAUGAUGACAGACUGGAUAAGACCCAAGUUGGAGAUUUUCUUGGUGAUCCAGAUCCAGUCAACAAAGAGGUUAUGUGUGCCUACAUUGAUCAAAUGGAUUUUCAUGAGCGUGACUUUGUUCCUGCCUUAAGAAUGUUUCUUGAAGGUUUCCGGUUACCUGGGGAAGCCCAAAAGAUUGAUAGACUGAUGGAGAAAUUUGCCUCCAGAUAUUGUGAAUGCAAUGCAAACCUUGGUUUGUUUGCAAGUGCAGACACAGCUUAUGUGUUAGCAUACUCCAUCAUCAUGCUCACAACUGACCUGCACAGUACACAGGUCAAGCAAAAGAUGACCAAAGAGCAGUAUAUCAAGAUGAACCGUGGCAUCAAUGACUCGAAGGAUCUCCCUGAAGAGUACCUUUCCAGCAUCUAUGAUGAAAUUGCUGGGAAUGAAAUUAAAAUGAAGGCUACAUCCACCAAACUUGGAAAGCAAGCUGUUGCAAAUGAGAAAAAGCGAAAGUUGCUUUUUAACCUGGAGAUGGAAACAAUAUCAGGGACUGCCAAGUCACUUAUGGAAGCAGCUUCUCAUGUUGAUGCCACCUUUACUCUUGCAACUCAUGUAGAACAUGUCCGCCCUAUGUUUAAGAUGGCAUGGACCCCCUUCCUUGCUGCAUUCUCAGUGGGUUUGCAAGACUGUGAUGAUGCCGAAGUAGCCUCCCUAUGCCUGGAUGGUCUGCGAUGUGCCAUCAGAAUCACCUGCAUAUUCCACAUGACUCUUGAGAGAGAUGCCUUUGUGCAGUGCCUGGCCCGCUUCACACUCCUCACUGCCAACUCUCCACUCACAGAGAUGAAGGCGAAGAAUGUGGACUGUAUCAAGACACUCAUAACUGUUGCACAUACAGAUGGAAAUUAUUUAGGAAAAUCAUGGUUAGAGAUCUUGAAAUGCAUAAGUCAGCUUGAGCUUGCUCAGCUGAUAGGCACAGGUGUCAAGCCACAAUACAUAAAAGAUUCUGGCCUGAAAAUGCCUCAUGAGACCUCAAACUUCCUAGAUGCCUUCCCAGAAUUCAUUACUGGUGAACAGAAAAAACUAGCUCACAUUAAGGAGUCCAUGGGUGAAACCUCAUCCCAGAGUGUUGUAGUGGCAGUUGACAGGAUUUUUACUGGUUCUACAAGACUGGAUGGUGAUGCCGUUGUCCAUUUUGUCAAGGCCUUGUGCCAAGUAUCCCUUGAGGAAUUAGGAGCACCUACACCUCGCAUGUUUUCUCUGCAGAAAAUUGUAGAGAUCAGUUAUUACAACAUGGGUCGUAUCAGGUUGCAGUGGUCUAGAAUAUGGGAGGUAUUAGGUGAACACUUUAAUAAGGUUGGCUGCAACCCCAAUGAAGACAUAGCAGUGUUUGCAGUGGACUCCUUAAGACAAUUGUCUAUGAAAUUUAUAGAGAAAGGAGAGUUUGCAAACUUCCGUUUCCAGAAGGAAUUUUUGCGGCCUUUUGAACAUAUAAUGAAGAAAAACAGGUCUCCUGUGAUAAAAGACAUGGUGGUGCGAUGCAUCACACAGAUGGUCAAUUCUCAAGCAAAGAAUAUCAAAUCUGGAUGGAAGAACAUAUUUAGCGUUUUCCAUCUGGCAGCCUCAGACCAUGAUGAAAAUAUUGUGGAAAUGGCUUUUGAAACAACAAAAGAAAUCAUUUCUCAGAUAUAUCAGAAGCACUUCAUUACUGUGAUAGACUCCUUCCAAGAUUCAGUCAAGUGUCUGAGUGAGUUUGCAUGUAAUGCCGGCUUCCCAGACACUAGCAUGGAGGCCAUUUCCUUGAUUAGAGAUUGUGCAAAAUAUGUGGAUGAGAAACCUCAGAUGUUCCAAGAACAUAAUUUAGAAGAUGUGACAGUCUGUGCUGAGGAUAGAGUAUGGGUUAGAGGCUGGUUCCCCAUUCUGUUUGAGCUUUCAUGCAUUAUCACACGAUGCAAACUCGACGUCAGAACUCGUGCCCUGACAGUGCUAUUCGAGGUUGUGAAGAAUUAUGGGGGAUCGUAUUCAUCUCAUUGGUGGAAAGACUUGUUCCAGAUUGUAUUCAGGAUAUUUGACAAUAUGAAGCUUCCUGAACAGCAGACAGAGAGCGCCGUGGAGUUAAACGAGAUACAGGCUGAGAAAAAUGAGUGGAUGACAACUACCUGCAAUCAUGCCCUUUAUGCCAUAGUGGAUGUCUUUACGCAGUAUUUUGAAAUCCUGAACCCUAUAUUAUUGGAAGAUCUGUAUACCCAAUUGCAUUGGUGUGUGCAGCAAGACAAUGAACAAUUAGCACGCUCAGGCACCAACUGCCUGGAAAACCUUGUGAUAAGCAAUGGUCCCAAGCUGAGCUCUGCAACAUGGGACAAGACCUGCCAGUGCCUCCUGGAUAUCUUCCACUCGACUCUGCCCCAUGCUCUCCUCUCUUGGAGACCCCCUGAACAUAGUCCUCCACACCAGCAGGCUGGUGUUCCAUCUAGUGGAGAUUCCAGAGCUUUUGCUGGCCUCCUGAUCCGAUGUGUGGUUCAGCUGGAACUUAUUCAGUGCAUUGACAACAUAGUCUUCUUCCCAGCGACUAGUAAAAAAGAAGACCAGGAGAAUCUAGCACUGGCACAGGCUGGUGACACAGUUCUACCAUUGACAAGAGAACAAAGAGAAGACCAAGGAAUGUAUCGUCACCUCAUGUCAAGCCAGCUCUUUACACUCCUCGACUGUCUUAUGGCAUCACACUCCUUUGCAAAAUCCUUUAAUUCAAACCAUGAACAAAGAAACCUCUUGUGGAAAGCAGGAUUUAAGGGUAGUGUGAAACCAAACCUCUUGAAGCAAGAGACUCAGUCUUUAGCGUGCGCCUUAAGGAUACUAUUCCGCAUGCUCGGAGAUCCGUCCAGAGAAGAGGAAUGGCCUCAGGUGCAAGAACGUUUAAUCUCAGUGUGUAGGUCGGGGCUGGAGUACUUCCUCUCCCUCCCAGAGUCUCAUCGUGAAGCCUGGACAAGUUUAAUUCUCCUUUUCCUCACAAACAUACACAAAAUGUCUGAUGAGCAGUUUGCCGCUCAUGCCUCCAACUAUUACCCGUUUUUGUGCGAAAUUAUGUGUUUCAACCUCAAGCCGGAACUGCGAGCUGUCCUUCGUCGCUUCUUCCUUCGAAUUGGUUUAGUGUUCAACAUUACCCAUCCGAGCAUUCGCCACCACACCUCGUCCACUUCGUCUUUGCCAUCUGGAACACACCCUAGAGAACGCCUCCCAAGUGAACAGUGAGAGAAAGAAGUGUGAAGGAUGAGGAUGAGGAGGACUUGAAGCAGAUUCUCAAUCUCUUUCUCCUCUUCACAUCUCUAUCUGUAUUUCUCUCUCUUAUUUAUCUUUCCACUUGUAUCUGUAAUUUUCUAUAUAUAUCUAUCUAUCUCUGUUUCUUGCUACCUUUCUUUUUCUUUUUAAUAAAGCAAGUGAGGUAUUGGAGUGAUUAUGUGAUUUUAGAUGGGCUAGGCUUAGAUUAAGAGAUGAUGUAAUUGAAGGGAAGUGAAUAGAGGGAAUUGUGCGCAGACUAUUUGACCUAAUUCAGGUAUUGUUUUGUUUGUGCAUAUGUAUGUAUGUAUGUAUGUAUCGAUGAAUAGAAGUGAGUGUGUGUGUGCGUGUGUGUGUGUGUUUUAU